UACAAGUAGGUCACAUAGCCAUACACACACACGAAAGGGUGUAUAGUUUAAACAUUGCAGGUUAUCUUGAGGGAAGUAUAACUCAGUUUCGUGUGGCCCUAGCUAAUACACAGUUCCCUCUAAUUUCUACUAACUUUUUGGGGAAAAGAGGAAUACUUAGGAUUCAAAGGAGGACAUUUCACAGUGGAUAUGUUGGUCUUCGCCUUGGUGUUCAUCUCUGUUUCAGCCACAGGCCUACAUGCCUUUUCGGUUGAUGUUGGUAUUCCCUCAGUGAAAGUGAAGGAGAAUGAGGGAGCUGACUUGAAAUGUACUUACACUGCUGAUUUUGGAUCAACGCCCAGAGUAGAAUGGAAGUUCAAGGAUCUCAGGGGCUCUCAGUCAUUCGUUUACUUUGAUGGCAAGCCAACUACUCAAUAUGAAAGUCGUAUAACUAUGUAUAAUGGAGGACUGAGGUUUAACAAGGUGACACGAGAAGACACUGGAGAUUAUACCUGUGAGGUAUCCAGCAAUGAUGGCUAUGACGAAAACACCAUCAAGCUAACAGUCCUUGUGCCUCCUUCCAAGCCCGUCUCCAGAAUCCCUUCAUCAGUGACAACUGGCAGUAACAUACUCCUUACCUGUAAUGACCCAGUCGGCUCACCGCCAUCAACCUACAAGUGGUACAAAGAUGACGCUCCCCUCCCUGAGGAUCCGAGCAAGUUCCCCACUUUCAGGAACCUCACCUACAAGAUGAAUGUUUUCAAUGGUAACCUGAAGUUUCCUAGUGUGUCUAAGAUGGAUACCGGUAAAUAUUCCUGUGAGGCCAGUAAUGGAGAGGGCCUCCCUCAGCGCGGUGACAUAGUGAUGAUGGAUGUCCGUGAUCUGAAUGUUGGCGGCAUCAUUGCGGGGGUUAUUGUUGCUUUGCUGGCGGUAGGGUUGCUCCUCUUUGGACUCUGGUAUGCCAAUAAGAAGGGAUAUCUACCAAAAAUGGCUGAAAGGUAAGUUUUUUUUUUUUUGUUUUGUUUUUUUGGACAUUUAUUUUCCAUACUGUUAAUGCAGAUUAAUAACUUGACGACAAAAAUAUAAAAAAAUAAUAAUAAACUUUAGUACUGGGCAAUACUAUUUAUCUUGGAUUUAUAUGAAACCUUAAACCUUAAUAAAAGGAUGUAAAUUCUCUCUCACAGCAGGCCAAAGACAGCUGUUUAUACACAGCCUAGAACAGAAGAUGUGGAUGGGGAAUUCAGACAGAAAUCAUCCUUCGUGGUGUAGCCUGUAUUGGAGGAAAUAGAAAGAUUUAUUGCCUAGAUACAUUUUUUUCUAUUUAAGUUCAUAGGAAUUAGGAUGAAUGUGUAAAAGAAGAGUGUGAUUUUAGAUGUGCUUCCAUGCUCUGUCUACCACUGUGGUGUAAUUUCAAAUGUAUCCAAAACGUCUGAAGCAGCCAUGGCAAAACUAGACUAAACUGCAGAUGUCGUUUUAGGAAUCUUAAAUAUUAUUUCUCUGUUUUCCAGAAAUGGACGGAGAAAUGUCCUGGAUAAUUUAUUGAAUUUUAAAUAAUCUGUGUGUAGAAAACAGGCAAAAAAAGUUUAUGCCUUCUACUUGAUACUGCACUGUGAUAUUAAAACCCAUGGGGGAAAGAACCAUGCAGGACAUAAUCCCCCUUCACUUUUAUUAUAAACAUUUGAUGUACAUUUGUAUUCUUUAAAUUUUUUGGUUUUGAUAUAUGUUUGAUAUGUUUGUUUACUUCACUAAUGAUAGUACACUUUUUUUUUUUGUGUAUGUUUUUUUUUUUUUACCUCAUAAAAUGUAAA